GGCCGGCUCUCCGCUCCGCCGGAGGGAAGCUCCGCGGUGCGGACUCUGUGACGCGCCCGCACAGUGCAACCAGAGCGGGUUCGCGCAAGGUUGCUGCUGCGCGAGGCGCAUUUUCCUGGGAACCAUCCGGGGAAAUCCCGGCUUUAACUACGGGCCGUUCGGCCAUUGUACCGACCCCUGUAGCCGCAGAAGGACGGCAAAGGGGGGCUGAAGCUGAGCUGAGCUCUUCCCGAGUGGGGAGAGCUCUCCAGGGCGAGGUGGGAAGGGAGGGAAGGGUGUUGCGAAGUUCACGGCCAGCGGUGGAUUAUCCGGGACAGUUUGCGCCUGGGGGCUGCGAAGUCAGCGAAGAGGACAAGGGCAUGCUCAGUGGUGGUGGCGGUGAUGCGGACCUGGCCAACGCCGCGGCGCGGGGCCAAGUGGAGGCCGUGCGGCAGCUCCUCGAAGCCGGUGUGGAUCCCAACAGACUCAACCGCUUCGGGAGACGCCCGAUCCAGGUGAUGAUGAUGGGCAGCGCCCGAGUAGCCGAGCUGCUGCUGCUCCACGGCGCGGACCCCAACUGCGCGGACCCCGCCACGCUCACCCGACCGGUGCACGACGCCGCCCGGGAGGGCUUCCUGGACACGCUGGUAGCCCUGCACCGAGCCGGGGCGCGGCUGGAUGUGCGCGAUGCGUGGGGCCGCCAGCCCGUGGACCUGGCUGAAGAGCGGGGCCACCGCGACGUCGCCGGGUACCUGCGCGCGGCCGCGGGAGACUGAGGGCACGCGUACAUAGCCGCCCACAACGACUGUUUUUUCUCUCCAGUUCGCCACCCCAACUUAGUUCAAAGAGGGCUGCAAACCUGGAAUAGCGGAAGUCUUCCUGGGCGACUGGAUUCCCGGCAGCGAAGGAGGAGCUGACUGGAAAUAAUUUUUUCUCCGCCCCCCCCCACCCCCUCUGGAUAUCGCCCUUGGCACUCACCGUGAAGCAAAAUGAAGAGAGGUGGGGCACAUGGAUUUCCAGUAGGAGCCGAAUGUGGAACUCCCGCGUUUGUUUUUCAGGGUUUUCUGGUGAAAAGCGGCACGUGAGCAAGUCCAUGAACAAACCCAAGUGCUGUGAAUCUUCACACAGAAGGUGCUGGGGCGGAGUGGGAGGCGGUGGCAGCUAGCCUUCAGGUUGCAGGCAGGUGAUAACGAUCGCCCCACUGACCUUGAAGGACCCCCCUGUAAGUCCCCACUUCAGGCGUCGGGCCCUGAGGGAAAAUCUGGAGCUGGAGGACCAGACAAUGACGAGGACGAAGAUCGACCCGGGCUCAGUAGGCGACCAAAGCCUCCUUUACAGGAUUGCGGAGCGGGGCGGGUCGCGAGCAAAAAGCUACCGACUGGAAGCCUUGGGGCCUCUUGUCCAGUCCCAUCAGAUAGCGAUGGGGAAGAGAGGACCCGGAAGUCACCUCGAUUUGCCCGCUAAUUCUAAAGUCCCCAGGUCUAGGUGAUGCUGAACGGCUCUCCGAAAGGGGCGCUCAUUUGCUGUUGCUAAGGCGAGAUUCCUGCGGUGUUCCGUCCUCGGACAGACAGGUCCGGGUUGUAGCAAGAGCGAUUGUAGGUAGGCCAUUAACUGUUAACGAUUUGUUUGAUCUCUAUACGAUAGGAUUCAGAAAGCCCCCUGUAAAUUGCCACUUGAAAAGAUUUCGUGAUAUUUUGUACUUCUGGGUUGUUCUUCAGUAGCAGUCUUAAUUCGGAGACUUUAAAUAACAAAGUAACUCGCGGCCCUUGGGAAGGAAGUGAGGAAGAACGACAGCUUUUAUGCGAAGCUAUGGCACCGUGCCACCUCCCAGAUUACUUCAGUCCUUAACCUAUUUAUUUCUUUGUUAAAGUUUGUUUCCUUUACUGGAGUGUCUCCAUGGUCAAACUAUGAAAUAUUACAAACGUUUUUUAGAAGAUCCAUGCACUUACCCAGUAAAUGAUCUCAGGAUAUCUCCCAAAGGGUUGCUGAAGGAGUAGACAGUGUGAAACUGUUGAAACUACGUAAUGAUGGCUCGUGAAAUGUCUUACUAUCUGCUGAACAAACUAAAGGUGUACUGUUUGGGGAUUUAAUUUCCAGUGUUGCUUGAUUCAUUACAGCAUUGGAAUAACUGAUAUUUCACUGUUUUAAUGUUAAAAAGAAAAGUUGAGAUUGGACACCAAGGUUUUGGCUGUGAAUUCCAUUCCUAAUUUAAGGGAGUUGUGGAAUCUGGUGACAACCUUAUAUUAAUGGAAAGUAAAUCAAGAAAAUAUGGUUGGGUACUACAGGGUACUGUGAGAUUCAUAUAUAUAUACACAUAUAUAUAUAUGCCAAAACAUCAUACAUUAUUGGGAAAUCAAGUACCACCUGGUGGCACUGAAAUAUUUAUGAUGCAUUUAAAAGUAAAUUCAGAUUUCAAAUCCACCUGGUAGGCAGGUAUGGCCAAUGUGUUUUAUCAGCCACACAAGAAAUACAUAUGUUAAAUCUGUUUAAGAUUUUACUUUGAAGGAUACAUGCAAAUAAACAUAGCUCUAUAUACAUGAGCCCUGCUUCUGGCUCUAUUUUACAAUUACAGAAAAAUAUACAUGUUAAUUUCUGUAUCUAAAUCUAAAAUAUUACCAAGGUUUGUAAAAAUCUUAUCACCUGACCUUCACUGCAAGAUCUGGAAGUAAAAUAAAUUUAUAAUUCAAUAA